ACCUUUUUUUUGUGUGGACUCAUUUUGUGUGGCAGUAGAAUGAGCUACUUAGGUUUAACUGGAACUAUUCAUGAAAGUGUGGGUAAUCUUAGAAGCCUAACCUACCUCAUUCUAUCCAACAACACACUUCAUGGCGGAAUACCAGAUACCUUUGGGAAAUUGAAGAAUCUCCAAGUCCUGGAUCUAUCGCAAAAUCAACUCAACGGUUCAAUACCAGCAAGCUUAGGGAGCAUGGUUUCUCUUCGAUGGCUAUAUCUGCAAUACAACUUGCUUAGCGGAGAUAUACCACGAAGUUUUGGUUCACUGGCGAAUCUUACUGAAUUGAAUCUGCAGUUCAAUAUGCUAUCAGGCUCAAUUCCUGAGGAUUUUGGAGAUCUUUCGAGUCUUAAAAUUAUGGAUCUGUCUGAGAAUCAGCUCUCUGGUCCUCUUCCAGAAAGCCUCGGAAAGUUGAAAAAUCUCACAAUCCUCUAUGUGUCAGCCAAUUAUUUGAGUGGGAAAUUUCCAGAAACUUAUGGAAACCUCACAAGCCUGAAAAAGUUUUCAAUAGCCGGGAAUUACAUUUCUGGUCCCUUACCAGUUGAAACCAUAGCCAACUGGACUACUAUCACACAACUGGUGCUCGUGGGAAACAAUUUCGAAGGAAAGUUGACUGAAAAAAUAUUCGGCUUGCAAAAGCUUCAGCAUCUGUUGAUAAGUGACCUGGCAAAUAAUAGUUUCCAAUUACCACUAAAAAUCGCCAACAGUACCAAUUUCAUUUCUCUAACACUGAGGAACUGCUCAAUCACCGGCCCAAUCCCCAAAUACAUUGGUGAAGAAAUGACAUCUCUAAGAUACCUAGACUUGAGCUUCAAUAAGUUAACUGGUGGCCUCCCUCAGACUAUGAGUUCAAAUAUGAUUGACAUGUCUUUUUCUGGAAAUAUGCUUGACGGGACAAUCCCACCUUGGAUACAUGGGUCCUUCCAAACUAGGAUGUAUGUCUUCAUAUUCUGAACCGAAGUUAGAAGAACUUUCAUUUGUAACAGCUUUAAGUUUUUGCUCAUAUGUACAAAUUAAUUAAUGAGACUGACGCAUGUUAUGUUAUCUUUUAGAGAUCUUUCGUUCAACAAUUUUUCAGCAGGAGGCUCUCUAGUACUAAGCAACCCACAACUGUGAGGAUAUGUUCUUUCUUGUCCUUAAUGUUUCUGUUGACGAAAUUGAAUGGUUCUACUUCCACAUUACACUACUAAUUGCAUCGAGGCAUUUUGUUUAAAACUCCACAAUUACUGUUGCACAUCACUUAAGUUGGGGGCAGUAUCAAUUAUAAAAUAUUUUGUUUCA